CGGAGACGGGGGGCGUGCCCGUGAAGCGGGCGGCGGCCGAGCGGGGUUCUCCCCGCGUGUUGGGUGUUGAGACCCCGGCUGCCACUGCGACCGCCACCGCUGCAGCUGCGGUCGUCCGGCUUGGCCUCAGGGUGAGCCCCGCGCGGUGAGACUGCUCCUCCUCCCGUCACCUCCCGGUUCCUCCUUGCUCGCGGAGAUCCCUUCUCUUCGGAGCCUCUGUCCCAGAGAGUCGGUGAAUGAGACCCCAUCCGUCUUGGCGAGGCUCCUGCUGGUGUCCUUGGAGGAUGGGAGGCUGCUGAGCUUGAGUGGCGUGGUCUGGCAGGAGCUGCGUGUCUCACCCUGUGGCAGGGAGGGUGUCCAUGGCUGCAUCCAACAAAGGCAACAAGCCCAGAGUCCGGAAUAUCCGCUUUGCGGCAGGCCAUGAUGCAGAAGGCUCCCAGAGCCAUGUCCACUUUGAUGAGAAGCUGCAUGACUCGGUGGUCAUGGUCACCCAGGAGAGUGACAGCAGCUUUUUGGUCAAGGUUGGCUUCCUGAAGAUCCUGCACAGAUAUGAGAUUACCUUCACUCUGCCCUCGGUGCACAAACUGAGCAAGGACAUCCGAGAGGCACCUGUUCCCAGCCUGCACCUCAAGCUCCUCAGCAUCAUGCCUGUCCUGGAAGGUUACAGCGUCAAGUGUGAGUACACAGCGCACAAGGAAGGCGUCCUCAAGGAAGAGAUGCUGCUAGCCUGUGAAGCUGGUGCUGGCACCUGUGUGCGUGUGGUGGUGCAGGCACGAGUCAUGGCCUGCCUUGCAGACCGGCACCAUGGCACACCCAUGCUCCUGGAUGGUGUCAAGUGUGUGGGUGCCGAGCUAGAAUACGACUCGGAACACAGCGACUGGCAUGGCUUCGACUGAGGCCCACGCCCCAGCCCACCUCGGGGCCCCUCAGCCUUAAUCUCCACCUCAUCUCCCCAAAUGCUGCGUGAUGGUGUGGCUUCCUCAUCCUUCCCCAGGGUGGGCGUGGGGCUAGAGUGUCCAGGGGCUUCCAAGCCAAGGCCUCUCCUACAUCUCACCUCUGCCUUCAUUAGUACCACCUCCCUGCCUCUCCUGCAUCCUCCUCUUCCCAAUUCCUCCUCGUGUGCCUCAGUCUCCUGCCAGAAGAAAUGGGUUGAGCCCCCAAGGAGGCUAUCUGAGGGGGAAGAGGGAGGACCUGGGGUGGGUUCUUACCGCCCCCCCCCCCUGCAAGCCAUAGGAUCUCUAGCCAGGGCCUGGGAGAGGAGGGGGCUGGCUCUGUGAUGCCAUUGUCCUCACUACUGCUGCUGCUUUCAUUUUAGCCACCUCUGAUGCCCCUUCCCUCUCCCACUGCUGUCCAUGGUGAGUAGGAGGGAGGUGCAGUUCCCAGUCCCUACUCCCCCAGAUGUGUGUUACUUGGUUUUUAAUGACUGGUUGGGAUAAAUCCCUAAAGAAAUAAACUUUCAGUUGGAUA